GCGGUCCGCUGCCAGUGCUUGCCUGGUCCGUGGAGCAGCUGGUAGUUCGAGUCGAGCGGCUGUAGAGGUGCAGCGUGGCGCCGCCGGCCCUCGCGCGGGGAUGGCGGUCCUCUGAACAACACGAGCGCCUGUCGCGACAUCACUGCGCACGCGAAGCUCUGCCUGUGCCUAGAAGGACGUCGACAUGAUGUCGAGAGAUAGUGGAGCCUCGCUGAUACUGUCACUGCUCAUCUCUGCAGUACUGGACAGUGACGGUUUGUCUCCACCGGGGAAACCUCGCCUCACCAGCUGCCGAUCUCCUGAGAAAGAGACCUUCACCUGUUGGUGGGAGCCAGGCUCAGAUGGUGGCCUGCCCACCAACUACUCGCUCUUCUACCGCAAAGAGAAUUCUGAUACCGUCUAUGAGUGUCCAGACUACCACACUGCAGGAAGGAACUCCUGUUUUUUCAGCAAGAAUGACACUUCAAUUUGGGUGAAUUACAACAUCACUGUGGUGGCAACCAAUGCACUAGGGAGCAACUUCUCAGACCCUGUGGACGUGGAUGUUGUGUACAUUGUCCAGCCCCACACACCAGAGAACUUGACUGUGGUUUUGGAAGAUGAAGACAAUCCAUUCCUGGUGGUAAGGUGGGAACCUCCGCGCAUGGCGGACACACGCUCUGGAUGGAUCACGCUCAUCUACCAACUCCGCGUAAAGCUGGAAAAAGAAGAGGAGUGGGAGGAGCACUUUGCUGGACAGCAGAAGCAGUUUAACAUCUUCAGCCUUCACUCCGGCGAGGUCUACAUGGUACAGGUUCGCUGUAAGCCUGACCAUGGCUUCUGGAGUGAAUGGAGUGCCACAACUUACGUGAAAGUCCCUGACUACAUUUCUAGAGAGAGAUCGAUUUGGAUCCUGAUUGCCGUUUUCUCAACAUUCAUUUUCUUUGUCUUUAUAUGGACUAUGCACAUUAACAGAAACAGUGUGAAACAUUUUCUCCUGCCCCCUGUGCCUGGACCAAAAAUCAAAGGAUUUGAUACACAACUGCUUAAGAGUGGGAAAUCGGAGGCGGUCUUCAGUGCACUGGUUAUCCAGGGCUACCCACCUACAUCAUACUAUGAUGAUCUGCUUGUGGAGUACCUGGAAGUGUAUGAUAACAAGGAACAAGUGUUAAUGCUGGAUAGAAAGGACCUGCAGGAGAGUCUGUUUAAAUCAAAGAGUUCUUCAGACACUGACUCUGGGCGGGGCAGUUGUGACAGCCAUACACUGCUAAUGGAAAAGUGUGUUGAGCCCAAGGAGGACCAGACCAUGAUGCCACAAGUGAAAGACAGUGAGGCUAGUAGAGAUCUAGUAAUGAAAAAUGACAGCAAUACCCCAGAAUCUACAAAUGUGAAGACCAAAACAUGGCCCACUAUCUGCUCUUCCUAUCACUAUGACCAGAAUCCAUGCUACCACAGUAUUCCAGAGAUGCCCAGGCAAUGCCAUAUAUCCAGCAACCACUUUGCUUCCACACACCAGCAGGACUACUGGGAAAGCCCUGCAGACAUCUACCACAAGAAGCCCCCAUCUGGCUAUCGAUAUGCCCAGGCUUACAGCGAAUUCAACAUUAAAGGCAUUGCACUAAAAGAGGCCACUUUUCCGGCAUCCAAGUCACUGGAGUAUGUGGAGGUUCAGCACGUCAACCAAGAGAACACGCUGAUCUUGAAGCCCAUCGGGCAAGAAGGUCCAGACCUCUUCCAUGCGGCGUGCACAGGACAUGAUUACAGCAGGGUCAAUAGGGUGGUCAGUGACAAUGUUUUCCUGCUUCAGAGGGACACGUCUGGCCAAUGUCACAGUGACUGCCAGGAAAGAGAGGCACCAGUACGGAGCUGCACACAGCAGCAACCUGGAAAGCCAGCAGACCAUCUGCAGGUGCCCAGGGUUCAGGAAACACAUCUGGCUCCCAAUGGCUAUGUGGAUACAGCCACCAUGUUAUCCUACUAACGAACAUAGUGCUCAUUUGGGAGAUUGCACUGCUGUUCUGGUAAACUCUGUUUGCCCAACACUGCUUCAUAGCAGUAUGAGAACCUCAUGUGCAAACAGGUUAAGAAGGUUUCUGUUUCAGAAAACAUAUGGAGACUUUUCUUUAGCUGCUUUGAAUUGGAAAUUUAUUUUCUAUUGCAGCUUUUUCUUUUUAGGAAGACAGUAUCACAAAUACUGUAACUAAAAAUAAUGGCAUAUGGAUUUAAUUACAAUCUACACCCAAAUACACAGAAUGCUUUCAUUUCUACACUGUCCGUAGCACCUUUUCUGUAUUUUUUUA